UCUGGGGACUGCACUGGAACCCUGCAUCUGGAUAUAGACAAGAGCCCACUCUUCCUGCCCUCCCCCCCUUCACUGGCUGAGUCCCUGUAGGCUUCAGCAGUACCACCCAGCCCCCAGUACCAUUCAGGCUGCUUCAAAUUCUCAUCUUAUGACCCUCUCUCUCUAUUCUCUCUCUCUAUUCUCUCUCUCUGUUCUCUCUCUCUAUUCUCUCUAUUCUCUCUCUCUGUGGAGUUAGUGUUGAUGUUUUUUUCUCCAGGCCAGAGUUAAGUCCCAGCAGUCUCAGGAGAGAAGAGAGGAGAGUCCGAUAUGGACGGUUGAGGAGACUACCCACUCCAGGGAGCAUCUGAUGGGAUUAUAAAACCAGAUUUUUCCCUUUCUCUCUCUCUUUUUUCCCCACUGGGGAUAAAGUGGUUCGAGCCUUCAUUUGAACAAAGAAAGAAGCAACUCCUAGGCUCUAGAACUGCGCUGUAUCACGUUUUAAGGCUUUUGGAAAAAGAGAAAAGUUUGGCCCCUUUUUGGAGGAUUCUUUUCCCCCGUCAGUCCUCCGAUCAUUGGGAAGAUUAAGUCCGCUGUUUCCUAUUUAGGAAUUCGAGGAAGGCUCCUUGCUCGUGAGCAGAAAAGAAAACAAGCAAGGAAUUAGCUCCAGAUCUCCGCUGACAGCUGAUAUGAGCCGCAAUUUAAUUUCGUAUGACUUGGCCCCCGUCUCCUAGUUGGUAAACUGAUAUGCUUUCUGAGGUGGGCUCCUAACAGGCAUCACUCUUUGCCUUUUUAGGUGGGUUUACACAGAGUUGGGUGAACUUCAUCAGUUUUUUCAAACACAUGGACAUAUCCCCAGUGCAGGGACCAGAUGCUGUAGAACUUUAGCGGCUGAAUCGGGCAUACUUUCUGAUCUCUGGAUUUUGCACUGCAUUUCAAUGAAGGCCACUACUUUAUCAUAAAACGUUUUUUCUUCUUUGGAAUUGUAUGAACACACACCAGCCCAAAUGUUAGCAUGAAGACCUGUUACUGACAGCGCUGAACUUGAAUGCAUCGUACUUGUGUCUCUACUAGACGCAGUAGAUUUCACUUUGUUCUGCUUUUGUGGACUGAUUGUUCUCACAAGGUGUACCAUGCUUAGUUUGUGACCGAACAGUACCAAGAAACAUUGGACGUUCACCUUAGAAAGAAUGGUCAUUUCAGACAAGCUGGAGAAGUCGUAGUCCACAGAGAUGUUGCAUUCCAUUCUGUUCAUCCCCUGUCAUCUGAAGGCUGUUACAUCUCUGUGAAAAAGCCACCACAAUGAUGAACAAAGACUCUCGCUUCCCCAGGAAGGCUGUCCAUAGCAACCCCUCCUCUCGAAGGCACUCAUGCAUCGGUUUUGAUGCUGAGAAUGGCUUGUCGGUGGGGCGCAGCCCCCUGGACCCUCCGGCCAGUCCCGGCUCCGGUCUGGUGCUCCAGGCCAACUACCACAGCCAGCGCCGUGAGUCCUUCCUCUACCGCUCGGACUCAGACUUUGACCUCUCACCCAAGGCCCCCUCGAGGAACUCGUCCACUGCCAGUGAUCUGGAGGAAAGCUUGAAGCACUGGGAAGUCAACUGGUUGUCUCGACAUGGAGAAGACAUGAUUGUGACACCAUUUGCACAGGUACUUGCCAGUUUGAGGACGGUAAGAAGCAACUUCGCCGUUUUGACCCAUCAGCAAGAUCGUCAACCCAGCAAGAGAAUUGGCAGUAAUCCACCGUCCAUGUUAAAUACAAGCUUAGCAGAGGAGCCGUUUCAGCAGCUGGCCGUGGAGACUCUGGACGAGCUGGACUGGUGUCUGGAGCAGCUGGAUACUCUGAAGACACGCCAUUCCGUCAGCGAGAUGGCCUCCAAUAAGUUCAAGAGAAUGCUGAACAGAGAGCUCACUCAGCUAUCAGAGGCCAGCAGAUCAGGGAAUCAGGUGUCAGAGUUCAUCUCCAGCACCUUCCUAGAAAAGCAACAUGACAUGGAGAUCAUGUCUCCACACAUCAAGGAGAAGAAGGAGAAAACGGACAAGAAGAAGCGUCCCAUGUCCCAGAUCGUGGGGGUGAGGAAGCCCAGAAUCAUCCCCAGUGUGGCCCCCUCCAACAUCCCCCGCUUCGGGGUUGCAGCCACUCAGGAGGGCUUUCUCGCCAAGCAGUUGGAAGAUAUAAACCGAUGGGGUGUGGAUAUUUUCAAAAUAUCUGAAUAUUCUGGGAAUCGUCCGCUGACGGUGGCGAUUUAUUCAAUUUUCCAGGAGCGAGAGCUGCUGAAGUCAUUCAAGAUCCCUGCAGACACCUUCAUCACCUUCAUGAUGACCCUGGAGGACCACUACCACCAUGAUGUGGCCUACCACAACAACAUCCAUGCUGCAGACGUGGUCCAGUCCACCCACGUCCUCCUCUCUACCCCUGCCCUGGAGGCGGUGUUCACUGACUUGGAGAUCCUAGCUGCUCUGUUUGCCAGUGCUAUACAUGAUGUGGACCACCCGGGGGUGUCUAACCAGUUCCUCAUCAACACCAACUCCGAGCUGGCCCUGAUGUACAACGACGUGUCGGUCCUGGAAAACCACCACCUGGCCGUGGGCUUUAAGCUGCUGCAGGAGGACAACUGUGACAUCUUCCAGAACCUCAGCAAGAAACAGAGACAGUCCCUACGCAAGAUGGUCAUAGACAUGGUGUUAGCCACAGACAUGUCCAAACACAUGAACCUGCUGGCUGACCUGAAGACUAUGGUGGAGACCAAGAAGGUGACCAGUCUAGGAGUACUUCUACUAGACAACUAUGGAGAUCGUAUCCAGGUCCUCCAGAACAUGGUUCACUGUGCUGACCUCAGUAACCCCACCAAGCCCCUGGAGGUCUACCGCCAGUGGACUGACCGCAUCAUGGUGGAGUUCUUCACCCAGGGGGACAGGGAGAGGGACAAGGGCAUGGAGAUCAGCCCCAUGUGUGACAAACACAACGCCUCCAUCGAGAAGAACCAGGUGGGCUUCAUAGACUACAUCGUCCACCCUCUGUGGGAGACGUGGGCAGACCUGGUCCACCCUGAUGCCCAGGACAUCCUAGACACGCUGGAGGACAAUCGCGAGUGGUACCAGAGCAUGAUCCCACACAGCCCCUCGCCCACACCCGAGGCCCAGGACAAGAUGGGCCUGCCUGGGGGAGCCAUGGGAGCCGGAGGGGGUGGAGGUGGAUCCUCCACAGGAGAUAAGUUCCAGUUUGAACUGACCCUAGAGGAGGAGGAGUGCGAGUCCGACACAGAGAGCCCUUCGGCAGAGGAGGAGGGGUACAGUAGCACUGGGAUGGAGCCUUCUAGGACUGACCCGGACAGCAGACUCCAUUCCAUGUCUGCCACUUCUCACCCACACACGCAAGUACUCUCCAAAAUGGCUACCUCUGUCCUCAAUCUUGGUGGCAGGACUUUGUCCACAGACUCUGACCCAGAAAGGGAGGCCACCGAAGACAGAGAACAUGACCAAGAAGGUAACGCCGGUGUGAGGCGCUUCAGGCUAGGUACAUAACAUCAGUGCAAUGUUCUUUCUUUUUUAAAAACAUUUCUGAGCCUCCCUUCUGACCCCUUCAACCCCCAUCUCUGGCUUCCUUGGAUUGAAUGGCAGGACAAAGCUGGGGUAAAGAACGUAGAGGGGGUGCGUUCAGGAAGUCUGCACUUUCACAGCAGUCACCUCGUACUGGAGAAAGGAGAGCCCCACUGUUCCUUCUUUGGUUGCAGAGAACAGGAAACCGUGUUUUUGAGCUGGUCUUUUGUGUUUUACCGUCUCUGAGUUGGACGUGUCACCUUAUUCAGCUUAUGUUUCUCAGAGACACUGAGAAAACCAACCUUCCUGUUUUGCAAGUCAAGCCAAGGUCUACGACAAAAGAGCAAGGAUUUUGUGGAACACGUCUUCCUUUUGACUACUUAUGGCCGCUUGAAACAAUUGACGAAACGAUAAACUUAGUAACAACAAACACCACAAAGGCUUUUGAGACAUUAUGCCAAACAGAUUAAUAAACAUGGACUUGGCCAAUGGCAACAUUUGCCUGCCUUUUCAACUGUUGGUCAUUUUGUCUUUAAUUUAAGUCCUUUUAAACUAGUGCAGAAAGUGGUUUAAACCGAUAAACUGCAGACUUACCAAAUAUGUACUACAAAGGACAAAGUACAGAGCAGAACUUCAGAAUUGACGAAGAGAUUGUUUCAAUGUAGCACAACACUUUUUGGGUACCUUGUUGUAACAGCUACUCGGUGCAUCACUAGGGGUCUCUCAUCAGCCACACUCUUAACAACUGGUUUAGGGUCAGUUCUUCCUCCCACAGUCCUAACCACAGUCCUGUUAUAUGUAAACCAACAAAACCAACCCUGAGCCAGCCGUUAUAGGGACAUAUAAGUAACCCAAAGCUAUGCGGUGUGCACUUGGCACCUCCCAGUGUUGAAUAUCGGAAUUAAAGUCUGAACAUGUACUGCAAUUCAAGGCAUUCAAAAUGCCCAUACCUACAGUAAAUUGACUAUAGGUAUGUUAAGUGGAUUGGUUUUAGCUGUGUUGCUGUUGUAGGCAGGGGUAUCCAAAACAAGCACUUCAGUUAAGAUUCACCACUUGUCUGUAUGAUUUUAUUUUAUUUAGGUUUUUUUCUAUUUGAAGUCCCUCAUAGUGUAUACAUACUGCUUUAUACUGUAAUUGUGUGUAUCCUUAACCCUUUUAUGGCAUCAGUUUGGCUCCACUUUUAGCACUUUACAAUUUUACUCAUAGCCAAUCCCCAUCCUGCUUGAAAGGGCUUGAACCAAUCCAUAAACACAUUGGAGGCAGGUGACUGAGAAUUUUUGUUUGCCACUGGCAACAUGGUAGCCAGCACUUACAUACCCUAGCACAUUAGGAUAACUAGUUGCAUUGAGGGAACCUGGACAGAGUUAAGUUAACUGUUUGACAGUACAGUAGGGCUGUGGGACAUUUUUUACAUUUACAUUUUAGUCAUUUAACAGAUGCUCUUAUCCAGAGCAAAUUAUGACUUGAGCACAUACAUUUUCAUACUUGUCCCCGUGGGGAUUGAACCCACAACCCUGGCAUUUGCAAGUGCCAUGCUCUACCAAAUGAGUCAAACUGUACAAUGUCCUUUCAAGUCUAUUAUUAUUGUUACAGUAAAGGUCUCAAGUUUCCUACUUACUUCAGGUACCAUCAUCUGGUCACACUAUCAACCAGUUGAACUCGUAAAAAAAAGAUAUAUUGGUAGAGUUUACAUUGGGUUAUCACAGUUUGUGAAGCACAUGGUGUAAUAUUUGCCAAACUAUUUCAGAAAUGUAUGAAAGAUGUGCCGCUCAAGGCAAUUGUAACUGAAAAACAACAACAACAAAAAAAGACCAUUGGCCAUAGGCCAGUUUUCUGUGCUGAAAUUUUCACACCCUUUUCCUUUUGUCAUUGGUCAAUAUUCUGCUCUUCACAGGGACAUGACCAAUGACAGUACAAGGGCCAAGCAAGCAUGACACAACUCGUACUGUAGUUUCCAUUUUGCCCCAGGCUAAUUUCCAUCAAUGACUAAUGUUGAUCAUGUCACCCUCCCUGUGUACCUUUUCUGCCCCAUAGGUUUUCUGUUUUAGAACAAUAAUUCACUGAUAACUGCACCUUUCUUGAAUGGUUUGAAUGGUUGGACAUUUAGAUUAAUUGAAUUUGUAAAGAAACCAAAGCACUUUGUAUAGUAAUUUUUACAAGUCUGUGCUUAAAGUACAGUCGAGUGUGAUGUAACUCUGUUGACUAAUCCACAUUAGUAUUCCGUAUUCUGGUAUUAUGUGGCUUGAUUAUUACAAUUGAUGCAUAGCACAGGCUGGACCACUGAAGCUAAAUUGGGGAACUUGUGCUAUGGAAUUCUAACUUUUUUGUAUCUAUAAUAUGUUUUGAUAAAGAUGCAUGAAAGAUGCAAGAUUCAUAAGGAAA